AUGGAGGACGCACAGCCGCGCGCGUCAGCGGACGAUGCAGAGCAUCCUUGGAGUGAGGAGGAAGGCGAGGACCUCAUGAAAGAGUCUGGCAACAUGGUCGGGCUCGACAGUAGUGAUGACGACGAGGAUGACGACGACGAAGAGGAGCAGCGUCGUAUCGCCGAGGGUUUCAUCGACGACAAUGAUGAGGAAGACAAUGAGACGUCACACAAGCGAAAGCGGCGGCACCGCCACCGCGAGGUGGACGAGGAGCUCGACGAGGACGAUCUGGCGCUUCUCUCUGAAAAUACGCGGCCCGCGCAGGCGCCGCACAAGCGUGCGCGUGCCGAGGGGCAGAGCACUGAAGAGCUCGCGCAUAUCUUUGACGACGAGGACGCUGCAGGCGCGGCAGCCGAUCCGUACGACGACGAGCUCGACGACUUUAUCGAGGACGACGAGGACGAUGCGGAGCUGACGGGGCUCGACGAGGAACAGCGGGAGGCGCGCCGCCGCGAACGCCGCGAAGAGCGCCGUCAGGCGCGCAUGUCGGGUGCGCGCGUCGAUCCCCGCAAGGCGGGCGUCGACCUCGAGGCGUGGGACGAGGUGCACGACAUCUUUGGCAAUGGCGAGGACUAUGCUUGGGCUCUCGAAGAAGAGGAGGAGGCACCUGAGGCCGCUCCGAAGGGGCGCAUGGAGUACAAAGACAUUUUCGAGCCUGCCCAGAUCCGCGAGCGCAUGCUCACGGACGAAGACGACCGUAUCAAGCAGGUCGAUAUGCCAGAGCGGCUGCAGCUGAUGAUCCCUGGCGAAGAGGGACUGCAGCUGCUCGAGCGCAAGCUAAGCGAGGCAGAGCUGGACGAGGCGGCACACUGGGCCUCUACGCGCCUCUCGCCGCGGUGCACGGCCGAGUUCCUCGACGACAUGGCCCCCCAUGCGCGCCUGCGAGGCGAGUGGCAUGCCUGUGUGCGCCAGAUGCUCAGCUACCUCCUCAACGACCUGCUGGAGGUGCCGUUCCUCAUGCAGCACCGCCUCGAUGAGCUCGAACACACACAGGACAAGGUCACGACGACGCUGCUGGUGCGCCAGGAGCUACUCACUCUCAGCUCGCUGGGCAUCAAGUACAAGCAGCUGCUGGCCCGCAAGGAGGCGCUGCGCAAAACAUUCGGCGAACUGGUCGCCACGUACCCCCAGCCGACGCCCGAGCUCGAUGAGGCGCGCGUCGUCGUUGAUGACCUGGUCACGCAGGCGGCGACGCUCGAAGAAGUGACAGACAUUGCCGAGUGGCUCGCGGCGCGCUUCGGCGAGCGGUUCCGCGAAGCGACAGCGCUGGCGAGCCGUCACGAGGCGCCGGUGCUCAAGCGGCCCACGGUGGUGAGCGAGUAUGAGCAGCGCAAGCACACGCCGCUCGCGCAGCUCGCGAUGCGCCUGGGCCUCUCGUCAUCGCAGCUCGCAGCGAACGUGGCCGGCGGCAUUCGCCAGCAUGUGCCGGACGACGAGGCGGUCCCCCCGCUCGCUGUGGCCGAGGAGUAUGUGCACACCGUGCCGGGCGCGGUCGAUGCCACGGCCACGCUAGCGCUUGCACGCACGCUGCUCGCACACGAAAUCGGCAAGGAGCCUGCGCUGCGCCGUGAAGUGCGUGCGCUCUUUCGCCUCUCGGCGCUCGUGGAUGUGGAACCGACGGAGCGCGGCAUGACGGCCAUUGACGAGGGGCACCCGUACUACCACUUCAAGUUUCUCCGCGCCAAGCCGGUGAGUGCAGUUCUGCAGAAUGCGUCGCAGUUCCUGCAGAUGGUCCAGGCGGAGGAGGAGCGCCUCGUGACACUCACGCUGCGUCUGCCGUUCGAGACGGCGACCAAGCUGGAGCGCCGCCUGCAGGAGCAGUUUGUGAGCGAUGGCAUCAGCGCCGUGUCGCAGUCGUGGAACGAGCAGCGGCAGGCUGUCGUGGAGGAGGCGUGUGCCGCCUUCCUCCUGCCGCUGGGCCGUAUGUGGACGCACGAGUGGCUUGUGGAAGAGUGCCGCGAGGGGCUUUUGCGCUUCUGUGAGCUGCGCCUCACACAGCGCGUCGAGGGCGGCCCGGUGCAGUCGGCCGGCAUGAUCAGCCGCCAGGCCGACCCGUCGCUCGAGGCCGCGUCGCGCGUGCCGCGUGUGCUUGCGCUGUCCCAUGGUGAUGGCGAUCCGCGGCGCAGCGAGAUUGUGGCCGUGUUCCUGGACGAGCGCGGGCGUCUGCUCGAGCGGGCGACGUUCGAUACGCUGCGCCCGCCGCGUGCGACGGACGAGGGCGUGGCGCACGAUCCCCGCGCCGCGUUCAUGGACCUGCUGCGCCGGCGGCGCCCCGAUGUGGUCGUGGUCAAUGGGUUCAGUCCGCGCACGGCCGACCUGAAGGAGGAGGUGCGCGAGCUCGUGGCCGCUGCGUGGGAGGCGCGCGUGCGUGACGAGGAGCUCGAUGGUCUUGCGCGCGAGCAGGUGCGCAUGGACGUUGUGAGCGUGUACGACGAUGUGGCGCGCUUGUACCAGCACAGCGCGCGGGCGGCGAGCGAGUUCCCCGAGCUACCGGUGCUGGCGCGCUACUGUGUGGGGCUGGCGCGCUACGCGCAGUCACCGGUGAACGAGUUUGCAGCGCUGGACGCGGACAUGGUCGCCGUUCAGUUCGAUCCGGCGCAGCGCCUGCUGCCGGCAGACCGGCUGCGCACGCAUUUGGAGCGCGCGAUUGUGCUCCUCGUGAACGACAUUGGCGUGGACAUUCAGGCGGCGCUGACGGACACGUACGUGGGUGCCAUGCUCCCGUUCGUCGCAGGCCUCGGUCCCCGCAAGGCCCAUGCGCUGCUGCAUGCUAUCCGCACGCAGCUUGACGGUGUGGUGGUGAACCGCGAGGUGCUGGUGCGCCGGGGCCUGCUUCCCUUCCAUGUGUGGAACAAUGCUGUGUCGUUCCUGCGCAUCGACCAGGAGGCCGCGACAGACGCCCUCGACGAAGAGGCGCAGCCAGAUGUGCUGGACUCAACGCGCAUCCACCCCGAGGACUACGACUUUCCCCGGCAGAUGGCGCGGGACGCGCUCAACAAGCACGAAGAAGACCUCGAGGGCGAGCACCCGAGUGUGGCAUGCCUCGAGAUCAUGCACGACGCGCACCCGACCGAGAAGCUCGCGGCACUCGACCUGGACCAGUACGCGGCGAUGCUGUACGAGCGCCGCGGCCUGAAAAAGCGCCUCACACUUUUGGCGUGCAAGCAGGAGCUGAUCCGCCCGUACGACGACUGGCGCCCGGCGCAAGCGCUGCCGACCACCGAGGAGCUGUUCACCAUGUUCACCGGAGAGACGCGGCGCACACUCUCGGAGGGCUACGUCGUGCCCGCCGUCGUGUACCGCGUGGAAGAGGGUCGCGAUAUGGAGGGCUUCUUGCGCGUGCGCCUCGAGGCCGGCAUCGAGGGCAUUAUCGCAGGUCGCGACAUUAUGCCCGGCUACAACUCGCGCGAUGUGCGUCUGCGCCGCCUGUUCCGUGCUGGCCAAGCGCUCAACGCCGUCGUGGUUCAGCUCGACCUGCAACGCAUGCGCGCCGAGCUCAGUCUGCGUGCGGAGGCGUUUGAGCACGUGAAUCCGGCGCAGGGCCGCACGCCCGUGGACCCGAUGUACUUCGACCACGAGCGCGCGCACAUGGAGAGCGAAGCCGCAGACGAGCGCGCGCGGCGCCGCCACCAGAACCGCAUCGGCCGCCGCGUGAUCGACCACCCCCACUUCCACAACCUGAAUGCCGCGCAGGCGCAGCACUUCCUCGCGACGCAGCCACGUGGUUCCGUGGUCGUGCGCCCGAGCUCGCGCGGCAUGGACCACCUGGCUGUCACGUGGAAGGUGGACGACGGUGUGUACCAGCACAUUGAUGUGCUGGAGCUUGACAAGGACAACGACCAUGCGCUUGGCCGCAUCCUGCGUGUGGCAGACAUGGGCUCGUACGCAGACCUCGACGACCUGAUCGUGAACCAUGUGCGCCCCAUGGCCGCGAUGGUUGAGAUGAUGAUGAACCACGAAAAGUACAAGGGGGCGGAUCCCGCCGCGGUGGAGACGUACCUGACCAACGCGUCGCUGGCGAACCCGACGCGCUCCGUGUACGCGUUUGGACUGAACAAGGAGCGUCCAGGCUACUUUGACUUGUCGUUCAAGGCGAAUAGCAGCGCGCCCGUGCAGACCUGGCCCGUCAAGGUCCUACCUGGCGCCUUCAAGCUCGGACAGGCCACGCAGCUCGCCGAUGUGGCCGCGCUGACGAAUGCGUUCAAGACGCAGUACAUGGCACAGGCCAAUGCGGCGCGCGGUGGACGCACGCCGGGCGUCCAUGGCGGUAUGACGCCUGGCUACUACGGCGGACGCACGCCCGGUGCGGCGUACGGCGGUGGUGUGACGCCACGCACCACGUAUGGGAUGGGCAGCAUGACACCAGGCGCCUACGGCGCGCCUCCCCCCGCGCCAUAUGGUAUGCCACCCCCAGGACCGCCGCCCGCGAUGCCCUCCCGGGGCCCUUGGUAG